AUGGCUAAUUUCUUUUCAUUAGGUGGGAAUCAAGAACAACAACAUCAAGAAAUUAGCAGCAGCCAAGCAUUAGUACCCACAGAGAGUAAUAAUUGGUUUUUGUACAGAAAUGAACAUCAUCAUCAUCAUCAUAAUCAAGAAAUACCCAACACUUACAAAGGUUUUGAGUUAUGGCAAAGUGGUAACACUCCACAACACCAACACCAACACCACCAACAACAACAACAGUUUCGUCAUCCGAUUUAUCCUUUGCAAGAUCUUUAUUCCACUGAUGUUGGAUUAGGGGUUGGGCCAAGCAGAAGUGGCUUUGAUAUAUCUGCAGGUGAUCAUGAGGCGUCGAGGUCGGGAUUCGUGAUGAUGAGGAGUGGUGGAGGAGGAAUAAGUUGCCAAGAUUGUGGGAACCAAGCUAAGAAAGAUUGUCAACAUAUGAGGUGUAGGACUUGUUGUAAGAGUAGAGGGUUUCAGUGUCAAACUCAUGUGAAAAGUACUUGGGUUCCAGCAGCUAAAAGGAGAGAAAGGCAACAACAACUUGCUGCUUUGCAACAACAACAACAAGGACAUAAUAAUAAUAAUAAUAAUCAUAAGAAUAAAAGGCAAAGGGAGGAUCCAAGUGCUUCUUCUCUUGUGUCUACUCGUUUGCCUUCAAACACUAAUGGGUUAGAAGUGGGAAAAUUUCCAUCAAAAGUACGUACAAGUGCUGUAUUUCAGUGUAUUCAAAUGAGUUCAAUUGAGGAUGAUGAAGAUCAAUUAGCAUAUCAAGCUGCUGUGAGCAUUGGUGGACAUGUUUUCAAAGGAAUUUUAUAUGAUCAAGGUCAUGAAAGUCAGUACAAUAACAUGGUUGCAGCCGGAGGCGAUACGUCUUCCGGUGGUAGUGCUGGCGGAGUUCAGCACCACCACCAUAAUUCCGCUGCAGUAGCUACCGCCACCACUACAAGUGGUGGCGAUGCUACUGCAGCGGGUCCAUCGAAUUUUCUAGAUCCUUCUUUAUUUCCAGCUCCCCUUAGCACUUUUAUGGUAGCUGGUACGCAAUUUUUUCCACCUUCAAGAUCUCCUUGA